AUGGCGUCUCUGAUCUCAGAUACUGAACCGCCUUCGUCCACGCCCAAGCUCGACUUCCUUCGAAGGAAGAAGAGACUCUCUGUUUCCUCCUCCGCAUCCGUAACCACCGGAGACGACGGCGAUAGCCACCACGCGCGAUGGAGAUCGGAGAAGCAGCGAAACUACUCCGCGAAGCUGAUCCAGGCGCUGCAGCAGGUCCGCUGGCUCUCCUCCUCUUCCUCCGCGACACCGUCUCCAAAACGCGGCAAAGCCGUCCGCGAAGCCGUGGAUCGCGCCCUCGCCGUCUCCGCUCGCGGGGAGGACGCCUGGAGUAGAGCGAUCCUGGCCAACCGGAUCAAGCUCAAAUCGAAACAGAAACGGCCGAGACCGCCGGCGGCGAUCCUGGCCGUGAUCACCACGACGGAAAUCAGCAGUGGCAGGAGAUCGUGGAAGAAACGGAGAGUGACGGUUGUGAAACUGAAUAUGAAGAGUAUACCGACGGUAAACCGGAAAGUACGUGUUCUCGGCCGGUUAGUUCCGGGUUGCAGGAAAGAAUCGGUACCGGUUAUUCUGGAAGAAGCAACGGAUUACAUUUGUGCCUUUGAGAUGCAAGUCAGAGCCAAUGCGAAGUCUCUAGCCGAGCUUCUCUCCGGUCAAACUCAGCUCCAAACUAGUCCCAUUUGA